AGAUCUGGUUCAUUCUGAUCUGUGUGGACCCAUAAAUCCAACAUCCAAUGGAGACUAAGUCAGAAGCCUUAGCAACCUUUAAAAAUUUCAAAGUCUUGGCUGAGAAUGAGGUUGGCAGAUCUGUAAAGGUUCUGCGGACAGAUCGUGGUGGUGGGUUUAAUUCAAAGGAAUUUUCAGAUUUUUGUGAGUCCAAUGGCAUUAGAAGGCAACUCACAGCAGCCUAUACACCUCAGCAAAAUGGUGUAUGUGAGAGGAGGAAUUGCACAAUCAUGAAUAUGGUGCGAAGUCUGAUGUCAAAGAGCGGCUUGCCUAAGGAGUUUUGGCCAGAAGUUGUUAAUUGGAGUGUUCAUAUCUUGAAUAGAAGUCCCACAUCUCUACUUCCAGAUUUGACGCCAGAAGAGGCUUGGAGUGGACGUAGACCUGCUGUUGAUUACUUCAGAAUUUUUGGGUGCAUAGCAUAUGCACAUGUGCCAGAUCAGAAAAGGAGUAAGCUUGAUGACAAAGGGGAAAAAUGUAUUUUCCUUGGUGUUAGUGAUCAGUCCAAAGCUUACAGAUUAUACAAUCCUUUAACCAAGAAGGUCAUCAUUAGCCGUGAUGCAGUGUUUGAUGAAGCAAGCACUUGGUCUUGGACAGAAAAAUCUGGGCAACAAAUUCCUGCAGAUUUCGAAAAUGGAGAAGAUCUGACUGUGCAGAACUCAGAAGGUCAAACUUCAGCAGAUCUCGAGGUUUCAAGACAGACAGCUGAAGAAAGUCUGCCUACAGAAGUAGAGUUCAGUACUGGAGGAAGUCUGCCAUCAACACCAGAACUGGAAUCUGGAACAGAACUGGAAUUUGGAACUAGUUCCAGACCUCAACGCAAAAAGAGAAGACCAGUAUGGUUGGAAGAUUAUGAGGUAACAGAUCUACCUCAAGAUGAUGUUCCAGUUAAUCAUUUUGCUUUAUUUGUAGAUUGUGAUCCCUUAACAUAUGAAGAAGCUGUUAAAGAAGAAAAGUGGCAAAAGGCCAUGGCAGAAGAAAUUGGUUAUAUUGAAAGGAACCAGACUUGGGAGUUGACAGAUCUUCUAGAAGGGCACAAAACAAUUGGUGUUAAGUGGAUCUACAAGACAAAGCUCAAAGAGAAUGGGACGGUUGACAAAUUCAAAGCUCGCUUGGUGACAAAGGGUUACAAGCAAGAGUUUGGCAUUGAUUAUCAAGAAGUUUUUGCUCCAGUUGCAAGGAUGGAUACCAUCAGAUUGGUAUUUAUUGAUCAACUUCCUGGUUAUGUGAAAUCUGGUUCUGAGCAUAAGAUUUACAGAUUGAAGAAAGCAUUAUAUGGACUAAAACAAGCACCUAGAGCUUGGUAUAGUCGAAUUGAUGCUUAUUUUUUGAAGGAAGGUUUUCAAAAGUGCCCUUAUGAGCAUACACUUUACAUCAAAUUUGGAGAUGGAGGUAAAUUGAUUAUAGUAUGCUUAUACGUUGAUGAUUUAAUUUAUACUGGGAAUGAUUUUGGCAUGUUGGAAAAGUUCAAGCAGUCCAUGAAGCUUGAAUUUGAAAUGACAGAUCUGGGUUUGUUGCAUUAUUUUCUUGGUCUGGAAGUAGUACAGUCAGAUUCUCGAAUUUUUGUUUGUCAGAAAAAAUAUGUGCAGGAAGUUCUGGACAGAUUUCAAAUGAAGAACUGCAAUUCUGUCACUACACCAGUUGAUAAAGGUGUAAAGCUCGUGAAAGAUCCAGGAGGUAGAUCUGUGGACAGCAAACUGUAUAAGCAGAUUGUUGGAAGUCUGAUGUAUCUGAUAGCAACAAGACCAGAUAUAAUGCAUGGCGUAAGUCUGAUUAGCAGAUAUAUGGAGCAUCCAAAGGAGUUGCACUUGCAGACUGCUAAAAGAAUUCUCAGGUAUUUAUGUGGAACUGCAGAUUUUGGACUGUUUUACAAGAAGGGUGACCAGACAGUGAUUAUGCUGGAGAUCUGGAUGACAGAAAAAGCACUUCUGGGUUUGUUUUUAUGCUGGGAUAUGGUGCAAUUUCAUGGUCUUCAAAGAAGCACCCAUUGUGACUUUAUCCACAACAGAAGCGGAUUAUGUGGCAGCAACUUCUUGUGCUUGUCAAGCUAUUUGGUUGAGAAGAAUUAUGGAAGAACUUCAGCUGAAUCAACAUGAGGUCACUUCAAUUUAUUGUGAUAACAGUUCAGCUAUCAAGCUUUCUAAAAAUCCAGUUUUGCAUGGGAGAAGCAAGCAUAUACAUGUGAGGUAUCAUUUCUUGCGCAACUUGGUAGAAGAUGGAACAAUUGAGUUGAUUUAUUGCAAAACAGAAGAUCAAGUGGCUGAUAUAUUCACAAAACCCCUCAAAGUAGCAGUUUUUUCAAAACUGAGAGAGUUACUUGGUGUUUGCAACAUGCAGAAUUCAGUUUGAGGGAGGGUAUGUAGAUUCCAGAUUGCAGAUCUACAGAUAUGGUGUUAUCCAGAUUUCUUUAAACUAAAGUCUGAAGACUUUU